CUUCUUCCAUCAACCCCCAUUUUCUACGCCUGUCACCCGCUCCUUCACUUGCUCUCACACAUGUGCCAGUUCUUAUCUCAGAUCAGAGCUCCCAUCUUAAUUUCUCCGCAGCCCCGAUCAUUUUUCAUAUCUCGGUUUGCAAUAACAACUCACGAUUCCUGGUGGUGGUUUCAGGUCAAAGCUUAAAGGAUCCUGGAGGGUUCAGUAGGAGGCACCAGCUGUUGGGAUUUGUUUUGUUGUUGCUAUUUGGAGCCUUAGGGUGCUGCUGCUUUCUGGGGGUGUUGCAAAGAUGGGGUGGUUUUGGUCGCUAGUGUUGAAGUCCAAUGCCUUGGCGGGGCCGAUUGUAAUGCUGUUGUAUCCGUUGUAUGCCUCGGUUAUGGCUAUAGAGAGCCCUUUCAAGGAGGAUGACCAACAAUGGCUUACCUACUGGGUGUUGUACUCGUUCGUGUCCCUUCUGGAGAUGGCUGCGGCGCCUGUGUUCGCCUGGAUCCCGCUGUACUCGACUAUCAAGUUGGCCGUUGCUGCGUGGCUAGUGUUGCCCCAGUUCCGCGGGGGGUUUAUACUGUACGAGAAGUAUGUGCGCCCCAACUUCCAAAAUGUGACAGGAUACUCCGGUGCUAAGCUGACUGAAUCGCAACGAAAGUUUUUGGCAACCAUCAGCCCUGAGACGCGCUCAUCGGUGGCUAAGUAUAUUGAAGCAAUCGGCCCUGAGUCUUUUGAGAACCUCAUCCAGAAGGAACUAGAGGAGUCUAGAAAGAAACGUGCCGAAGAACACCAGCAAGGUGCCGUGGAGAAUCCGCACGUGGAGUAGAGAUCUGGGGCUCUGUUAAGCGCUUGGUAUGUUGCAGGUGUCGUCACCUUUGAAUAGACUGUGCUUGUAAAAAACAGUUGUCUAGCUUUCUGAUACAUUGUUGCUCUAAGCCAUGAGCCGCUUUUGGUGGAAACGUUUUGUCAAGUCCUUUGCGGAUUUAUGCCAUUUAGUUUGACAUCGUUCCAUCCAACCUCCCAACCUCAUUUUCAACUUCACUUCUAUACCGACUGUUUUUUCUAUGCAAUGAAACACCGAGGUCGUUCUGUAUGCUA